UGUGAAGCAUAUUCCUUGAAUAAGUGAAUCUUUAGCGAAGAUGUGAUUGGGAAUGUAGUGACAUUACCGCAUACGCGAAAGAUAAAUAAAAAACUAUUCGAGGUCACAGGAGUGUAGAGAAAAAGACACAAAAACUGAAGGGCACUUUUUAUUGCGGAAUUGCGACGGAAUUCCGAGGCAUAAAAUUGGCACGGUACGAUUCAGCGGCACUGUAGGAUGGCCGACAAAGGUUCACAAUCGGGUCCGACGGCCCAGCCGUUGGUGAAGAUUGGCCACUACAUUUUGGGGGCCACGUUAGGUACGGGUUCGUUCGGGAAGGUGAAAAUCGGUGAACAUCAGGUAACGAAGCACAAGGUGGCGGUCAAGAUUCUGAACCGACAGAAAAUCAAAAGCCUCGAUGUGGUAGGCAAGAUCCGCCGGGAGAUUCAAAAUCUGAAGCUUUUCCGCCAUCCGCACAUCAUCAAGCUGUACCAGGUCAUUUCCACUCCCACGGAUAUCUUCAUGAUCAUGGAGUAUGUGAGUGGGGGUGAGUUGUUUGAUUACAUCGUUAAGAACGGGAAGCUGCAAGAGUCGGAAGCGCGACGUUUCUUCCAGCAGAUUAUCUCCGGUGUGGAUUACUGCCACCGGCACAUGAUUGUGCAUCGUGAUUUGAAACCGGAAAAUCUUCUGCUCGAUCACAACCGUCACGUAAAGAUUGCUGAUUUCGGUCUUUCCAACAUGAUGCUGGACGGGGAGUUCCUACGUACGUCAUGCGGCUCUCCAAACUACGCCGCGCCAGAGGUUAUCUCGGGCAAAUUGUAUGCUGGCCCCGAGGUGGACAUAUGGUCCUGCGGUGUCAUACUGUACGCGCUGCUCUGCGGCACGCUGCCAUUCGACGACGAGCACGUUCCAACACUGUUUCGCAAAAUCAAAUCUGGCGUGUUCCCCAUUCCGGAGUAUCUUAACAAACAGGUGGUGAGUCUGCUCUGCCAAAUGUUGCAGGUCGACCCACUCAAACGGGCCACGGUGGAAGAGAUCAAAAAGCACGAAUGGUUCCAAAAGGACCUGCCCGCGUACCUGUUCCCGUCGCCUGUCGAGCAGGACAGCAGCGUCGUCGAUACUAACGCCAUCCGCGAGGUGUGCGACAAGUUUGGCGUCAAGGAACACGAGGUACACAACGCGCUCCUGAGUGGAGACCCGCACGAUCAGCUUGCGAUCGCGUACCAUCUCAUUAUCGACAACAAGCGAAUCGCGGACGAGGCUGCCAAAGCGGAGCUGAAGGAGUUUUAUGUCGCCGCCAGUCCCCCGCCGCCUGGCGCGGACAGCAAAUUCGGAGUCCCAUUGGCGGGAGCGGGCACUGGUGGUGCGGCCGCAGCAACACAAGGCGCACCCAACGAAUCCUUCAAAUCCCCGUCGAUCCAUCCCGAGCGCAUUGCUCCGCUCCGCGAGCGGCCGGUUAUGUCGGCGGCUCAGAACGUGCCAACGCCGGCGCUGAGCAACAUGUCACCCUCGGCCGUUAUGCCCAUCGAUAAGCACCGCGGUACGCCUGUGAAGCGCGCCAAGUGGCACCUGGGCAUUCGGUCGCAAUCGAAACCGAACGACAUCAUGCUGGAGGUGUACCGCGCCAUGAAGGCACUCGAUUUCGAGUGGAAAAUCAUCAACCCGUACCAUGUGCGCGUACGAAAAUACAAUGCGCGUAACGACAAGCACGUGAAAAUGUCGCUCCAGCUGUAUCAGGUCGAUCCCAAAAACUAUCUGCUAGAUUUCAAAUCACUCACCAACGACGAGGUGGAGCAGGGCGAUGACGUCAUCAUGGAAAGCCUUACGCCGCCUCCGCCGGUCGGUUUCGGUGGUAUGGGCAUUCCCAACCUUCAACCCAGCGGCCACCACACGAUGGAGUUUUUCGAGAUGUGCGGUGCCUUGAUAGCGCACCUGGCACGUUAGUGGCGUAGCUGCACGUAAACAGAUGCGUAACAGUACUAUAUAAUGUAAAACUGUAGAUGAAAGCCAAAAAAGCAAAACUACCACAGUUGCUAGAUUAGAAACGUAGACCAUAGAAAGCGGACGAGGACGCGGAGCCCGGAAGUUGGCUUUGGGCCAUCGGGUUUCGGAUUUCAUUCGGUUGGAAACACGUGCACUUGGUGUGUUAGGUAUUCGAAAAUUUGCUAGGAAAAGAAAUACACAUUAUCCAAUCGGCGAAAGAAACGCAGUUUCAUCCACUGACACUAGCUUGCAACAAUA